AUGGAGAAAGAGAAAGAAAAGAAAACAGAUGAAAAGGAAGACUCCACAGAAGAAGAAGCAAUCGAGCUGAUUCUCUUCCAAGUCCCGGAAUGUUAUGUUUACUUGAUCCCUCCAAGGAUAAGUGCUGCUUCUUACAGGGCAGAUGAGUGGAAUGUCAACAAAUGGGCAUGGGAGGGUGCUCUGAAAGUUAUCAGUAAGGGAGAGGAAUGCAUCAUCAGGCUUGAAGAUAAGACAUCAGGUGAACUGUAUGCUCGAGCUUUUCUCAGAGAUGGGGAGCCUCAUCCUGUGGAGCCUGUAAUUGAUAGCAGCAGGUAUUUUGUCCUAAGGGUUGAAGAAAAUAUCGGAGGCCGAAUUCGGCAUGCUUUUAUUGGUAUUGGAUUCCGAGAAAGGCCUGAAGCUUAUGACUUCCAAGCUGCUCUUCAUGACCAUAUGAAGUACUUAGAUAAGAAGAAAGUUGCGGAGGAAAUGGAACAGCAAUAUCAGCAAACUUCCUCUGUCGAUUAUAGUUUAAAAGAAGGGGAGACUCUAAGGCUGCAACUGAAAAAUAAAAGCGGUCGCGGCACUAAGUCCAAGUUUUUCGAGCAGGGUUUGAACAAUCUCUCGAUUGAAGAAAAGAGUAGUCCAAAAGAGUCUGUAAUCUCUCUCAAACCGCCUCCACCUCCACCAGCGUCAGUCUCACCUGUGGUGAGUCCUAAAAAGUCAGAUGAAGGGUUCCCUUCAAAACCCAGCUUUAAGGAAUCUUCUGAAAUCCAGGCUUCUGUAUCACCUAAAGAAGAAUCUAAAGAAUCAUUAUCCUCACAAGAUCAUCAAGUUGCACAAGACAUUCCAGACGACGACUUCGGAGAUUUUCAAGCUGCUGGUUGA